AUGAAACAUUACAUCUUUAAAGCCAUUCUCUCACUAGGCGUAUCUACAGUAUGGGCGGCACCAGCUCCGGACCCCGUCGCUCUGGCGCCGCGAGCCACGCCGACACUUUACCUUUGUGGUGACAGCACAAUGGCGAAGAAUGGCGCCAACGACGGUGAUACGGAUGGUUGGGGUCAAUAUAUCGGCCAAUACACAUCACUGACCACGGUCAACGAAGCAAUUGGUGGUCGGUCGGCACGGUCCUACUGGAACGAGGGUCGCUUUGCGACUGUUGCUGGUUUGGUGAAGUCUGGCGACAUUGUGGUGAUUGAGUUCGGACACAAUGAUGGUGGCACGCCCACAUCCAAUGAUAAUGGUCGCUCUGAUUGCCCUGGUUCAGGCACAGAGACCUGUAUAUCUGAUGCAACCGGCGAGACGGUUUAUACAUUUGUAUUCUACGUCAUCCAAGCGGCCAAGUUGAUGCUGGCAAAGGGUGCUACUGUUAUUCUCAGCUCGCAAACUCCGAACAACGCUUGGGAGACCGGAUCAUUCGUUUGGGCACCUCCUCGAUUUGUUGGAUAUCAGAAGACGGCCACCACAGCUUUGGCUAACAGUGCUGUCACCUUUGUCGAUCACUUUCAGGCGACUGAUAACAUGUAUCAGAAGCUUGGUAACUCGGCAACCAAUGCGCUGUACCCGAACGAUCAUACACACACCAGCCCUGCAGGUGCUAAGCUUGUUGCGGAGGCCUUUGCCGAAGCAAUUGCUAAAAAGAUGAACGGUACAACUAGCUUGGCGAGCUAUAUAACUACUGUACCUAAUGUGUACCGUCUCUAA